UUAAUUUCGUUUACUUUGUUUAUAAAUUAAAAGAAACUAAUAAAGGAAAAAAUAACACCGAAGUGACUAAAAUUCUUAUUUUAAAAUGUCAGCUGUAAAAAGGGUCCAGCAAUGGGCUACAUUUGCUCGUACAUGGCAUGUUUUUGAUUGCAAAUGGCAAGAUCCGUAUGAGUCGGCCGGCGUAAUUAAAAAAUAUUUGAUGGGUUUACACAAACCGAUAUAUCAUCCGAUGAACGACUGUGGCGAUGUUGUUGUGUGCAUAAACAGUCGAGAUAUAGCAUUAAGAGGCAAUGAUUGGAGACAACGAGCUUACUUCCACCACACCGGAUACCCUGGCGGGGCUACUUGGACAUUAGCAUGGGAGCUGCAUAGUAAAGAUCCUACUAUGAUUAUCAAAAAGGCAGUAUAUAGAGCUCUUAAAGGAAAUCUACAAAGGCGACACACUAUGGAAAGGUUACUUAUUUACCCUGGGGAAACUAUACCAGAUGACAUAAAGCAGAAUAUUACAAACCAAAUUCGUCAAAUACGUCUUGUACCAACCAGGCUUGAUCACAUACCUGAAGAAGAAGUCCAGAAAUAUCCAAAAGUAAUGGAAUAUCCGGAGGAUUAUGUGCUUAAAUAAGUACAAGAUAAGCUAAGUUACUUGUGCAGAUUUUUAUGUAGAUUAAAACAGUGCAAAUGUAGAUAGUUGUCAUAUUAAAUUGUCAAACAUG